AUGCCCAAAGCGAAAGGCAAGGGUGGCAAGAACCGCCGUCGCGGAAAGAACGACGGUGACGACAAGCGUGAGCUGGUUUUCAAGGAUGAGAGCCAGGAAUACGCCCAGGUCGUGAGGAUGCUUGGUAACGGCCGUCUCGAAGCACUGUGCUUUGACGGCGAGAAGCGUCUCGCGCAUAUUCGCGGCAAGCUGCGCAAGAAGGUGUGGAUCAACAACGGUGACAUUAUCCUCCUAUCCCUCCGUGAGUUUGAGGACGGUAAGGCGGAUGUCAUCCAAAAAUACUCGCCCGACGAGGCCCGCUCGCUCAAGCAGUACGGCGAACUGCCCGAGACGACCAAGAUCAACGAAGAGGCCCUGGGUGACGAUGAGGGCGGCGACGUCGAAUUCCAGGAGGUGAGCGACGAGGAGGACGAGGACCUCGACGACCUCUAG